AUGAGUGACGAAGAAAGCCAACAGAGUUCAUCUGAAGAGUCUGCGGAAGAGUCUGAAGAGGAGACUGAGAAAGAGAAACGAGAUAAGGAGGAAGAACGUAAACGCAGGGAGGAAGAGGUAGCUCAAGAAAGACAGCGUAAACAAGAGGAGAAGAAGCGUAAAGAAGCUGAAGAAGCCUCAAAGAAACAACGCAAACCUGGCCAGAAACGUAAGGGUUUGGGUGGUUUGUCAAAGGAGAAGAAACGACUGUUGAAACAACUGAUUAUGCAAAAGGCUGCUGAUGAAAUGAAAGCUGAGAUGAAACGACGACAGGAGGAACGUGAAACCUUUUUACGUGGGAAAGUAGAACCAUUGAAACUUGAUGGUCUUGGUGAAAGUGAUUUGACCGCUAAAGUGAAGCAAUUACGACAAGAUUUUGAGAUCAAUGAGCUUACAAUCAAAGUGAAUGACGUCAAAGGCAAAUUUGUAAAACCAGUCUUAAAGAAAGUGUCUAAAACUGAAAGUCAUAUGGCACGAUUUGAGAAGAAGGAAGGCGGACAUUCUCUCUCUUCCUUCCGUAGUCAACUCAAGUCUACCGGUCAUAGUAAGUAUGCUCUAGAGGAGAAGGAUGAACCUGUGAGUACACCCAAGUAA